UUGGCAUGUGGUGUCCACGUUUCAGUGCAUAGUGGAAUAUCUUGACUCAACUGAGAAAAAUCAGAUCAUGGAGGUCACUUCUCAACCUGCUGCAUUUGAACCCCAAGACUUUCACUCGGGCUUGAUGAGCUGCUGUGACGACGUAGGUGUAUGUUGUUGUGGCCUCUUCUGUCUUCCUUGUUUGGGCUGUUCCAUUGCCUGUGAUAUGAAUGAGUGCUUCUUAUGCGGUUUAGGCAUGCCGAUCCGAAGUGUAUACAGAACUAAAUACAACAUACCAGGAUCCAUGUGUACUGACUUCAUGGUCGCGUACUGCUGCAUGAGUUGUGCAGCCUGCCAAAUGAAGAGAGAUAUCAAAAUAAGGAAGAGUAAUGGAACACUGAAACCAUGAGAAGUGAAAAAGGAGCAUCUAUUCUAUGGCGAGUCCUUACGUAUUGCUCUAAGGGAGUUCAAUGUUAAAGGAAGUUGAAGUUAAUCAUUUGAAAUUUUAUGAAAAGUUCAAAGCAUUGUGGUUUCCAUUCAGUACGUUUGGAGGGUUUAUUUCACUCAAAAUGCUCAUGCUUCCACAUUAAUUUUAUCAAAUAAUGUAGCUCAGAAGGGAUUGGGUGGUGUAACCAGCACAUUGCUGAUUAUGUGAUUUUAGUAUAUUGUCAAUGUAGUCUGUUGGUUGUGUUGUGAAACAUAGCAUAUCUAUGUAAACAGUUAAAGAAAAGUGUAAUUACAGAUGUAGGUAGAACUUCAAUGCAAUGCUACAGAAGCCAAAUUCAAAGUGUAUUCUUUGUAAAGUUACAGCUGUAUUCAUUUUCUUAAUAUCUGCUACAAACACAAUAAAACAUGUUACAAGUACUGUGUAGUAUUGCCAUGAUGCAAUAUGUCAUGCCUGUACAUGUACAGACAACUCUGGUUAACAUUGUAUUGCAACAAAUAUUCUUUUCACAAACCCUUCCAAUC